CAAAACUUGUUUUAUAUGAUUCAGAAUAAUUAUGCCGGCAACGCGCUCGGGUUCAAGGUGAGCUUCCUGUGCAAGCUCAUGGACACGAGAUCCAAAACGCCGCGAAUGACGCUACUUCACUAUAUACUGGACAUGGCCUGCAACCUGGAUCCGAACAUUCUAGAAUUUCCUCGCGAAUUGUCGGCUCUGCGAUCAGUACAAAAGAUAUCUAUGGAUAGCUUGAACAUGGAGGCCAACGAAAUGCACAAAAACGUGGAACAGCUGGAGGAAGAUGUCAAAAACUCGAACGCCGAAAUUAAGGGCAAAUUUCUAGAUUUCAUCACGUUCACCAAAAAGAAAGUCAAAGAUUUGAGAGCGGAUAUGGAGAAUGCCCAAGGAAUGGUCAAAAAAUUGGCCGGCAGAUAUUGUGAAGACGAAGCCAAGUUCAAUCUGCAGGAAUUCUUCCUGAUGUUCAACAAUUUUUGCGACAAGGUUGAACAGGCUAAAAAGGACAACAAUCAACGCAAAGUAAACGCGGAGAACGAGAUCAAAAGGCGGGCCAGACAACCCAACUUCGUGGCUUCCGGUGGCAGAUCUUCCCUUCAAGUGCACGAAGCCGAAAACGAAAACAUGGUGGAAAAGCUGCUGGCCGAAAUUCGAAAAGGAGAAUUUAAACUCCACAAACGCGAUUCGAACAACAACGGUAGGUGUUCGGUCGCUUCGACUUGCUCGUCCGUAACCGAUAUGGCUUACAACGGGGAAAGGGAACCCGCUUAAAAAUUAAACGAAUAUAAUUUAAUUGGUCACGUGAUAAUUCGAAAGAAAAAGGUCAGGAACAGGAAAAAAGGAAUAGAAAAUUCCAGAAAUCAUUUUAUUUUUCGAUAGAUAUUCGAAGGCGAAAAAACGCGCCUAAAUUAUUUAUUUUUUUUUAAAACAACAAAUUAUUGUCCUAUAAAAUAACAUUAUUAUAAAUA